CCUCGAAAAUAAAGUCAUGUUCAGCCUAGUUCAGCCUUGUUAGACAGUAAAUCAUGGUAUUGGAUAUAUUUGCAAUCAUAGUAUCAUACAUGUAAUCACUCCUGUAUGAUAAUCGUUAUCAGAUAUCUAAUGAAUACUUGUGUUUUAUGUAUAACAUUCCCCAGUGAUUGAGAUUUACUUAAAAGAAAAAUAUAACCUCUACCAUUUGUUUACACAGAGUUUUGUCUCAAUAUUUCCAUAGAAUCAUAAGUCCCUGUGAAUGCUUCGAAAUAAACAGAAAGUGUUGUCUGUUUAUACUGACAGUAGUUCAUUGAACUAUCACAUGUUCGAAAUUGAGCAUGGUAAAUGAGUGCCUUAAAAGAUCAAGAUCCCGAUUACGGGCCGUCCGUUGCGAAUAAUGAGAAGCAUCAACGAAUUUACGAAGAAAAUGCACGUAGCAGUACUGCAAGGAAAAUAACAGCUAUAAUUGAAAGAGAAUUUUCGCAAGAAAUUGAUGUAAAGGAGAAAGAAGUUCUAGAAAUUCAAGAGAGAUUACAUAGAGCAUCAAAAGUUCUUCAUCUUUUACGUUACGUCAUUGUGGCUGAUUUCUAUAAUCGCAAGCAGUGUCAAAAUUCACAGAAUGUAGAAGCUAAACAAACUCAGAUUCAUCCCGCGAUAAAACAGUUGAUUGGUAAAUUACCAAAAUCAUUUGAUAGUUCAGUUCCUACAUCGUCGAGUAAUGAAAGUUACUUUGGAAGCUCACAAUUAUUUUCAACGUCUAACGCAAUAGAUUGCGCUAUAGUAAAAAAAGAAAAAUCAGUAGAAGAAACAAGCGAACAUAGCCGCGUAGAGAAAAGAAAUAACGAUGUGAACGAAGAAUCAAGACCGAAGAAAAUUCCGCGGUAUAUUCCACCAAAAAGUGGAAUUCCGGAGUCUCAGUGUCCGUCGAGAGGCAUCAGGCACAAAGUUAGAAAACGGAUAAUUAUUGGAAACAUUUCAAAAUGGAUUCCUCCAGAAUGGAGGGAAGAUGCAGCUAGUCACAAGUGGACAAUGUAUGUUCGCGGAAAUAAAGAAAAUCCUAUUAUCGAUGAUUUUGUUAGUAAAGUAAGAUUCUUUUUGCAUCCUAGCUACAGACCUAACGACGUCGUAGAAGUUACAUCGGUGCCAUUUUGUCUAUCAAGACGUGGAUGGGGUGAAUUUCCACUGAGAGUACAGUUACAUUUUAAAUGUGCACUCAAUAAACCAAUGGAUAUAAUUCAUUAUCUGAAAUUAGACCGUACUUAUACUGGGCUUCAAACUUUAGGUGCUGAGACACUUGUUGAUAUAUGGAUAUACGCAGAUCCUCGCAAUUCCAAACGAAUCACCGGUAAAACAGAGCAAGAUUUCAUCGAGAAUGAAAACGAUUGUAAAGUAAAAAUAGAAAAUAAUGAAGAUUUAAAUCAAGAGCAUGAUUCUAUCAACAACACCGUAAACGAAUCGAUAGAUAAAGAUUGUAAUGUUGUCGUGAAAAAAGAAUGUUCAGACUACAUCAGUGUUAAUAAUGAAAUUUCAAUAAAUACCAAACAAUUGCAAUUGUACAUAGAUCUCGAUCACGAUUAUUGUGGAUCAAGAUAUCUUAACGAUUCUGAAGGAAAUUUAACUAUUGAUCACUCGUUAACAACGUUUAGAAGAACUGAUUCAUCGUUGAAUAAAGUUACCAAAGAAAACCAAGAAAACUGCCAACAAAAAGAGGACAAAGAGGAAACGAGCGUGAACAGUAGUAAUUCAGAUUCAACUAAAUCAAAGAUAAAAGAAGAAACAAUUAACACAGAGAUAAAUGAAUUGGACCGAAACAAAGAAAAAGCAUUUCCAUUAGGUUGUUCUAAACUUCAAUCAGAUCUUCGCCCUUUACAAAUUACCAUUCCACCAUUGUUCGAGGCCUCUGGAAGUAAACAUGUCUUGGUACUAGAAAACAAUCAGACAAUUCCAGUGGAUAUCGCAGUUCCACGCACAGCCGAUGAUCAUCAGAUGAAAUCAAAAAUAAGUUUCACUGCUUCUCGUGGUAUUAGUUUAUUAAAGAAACCUUCGGGUUCAGAAACAACGAUCCAAGUACGAAAUCCUAAUGGGACGAACGUUCAACAGGGAUUGAAGCUUCAGUUAUCUAAAAGUAUUCUUCUAAAUGUAAACUCUAAUGUACCAGUAUUAAAAAUAGCUGAAAGAAGGAAUUCGUUAAACGUAGAAAAGGAAUUAACUUGCGAAAUGAAAAUAAAUCAACACGAAUUGAAAGAACAGAAAUUAUCUCGUCAGAGGAUCACAUUGGGCAAAGAUAAACAUAAACUCCAAAGUAGAAAGGAAUUUUACGACGAUAUUCUUGAAUCAAUAGAAACUGUAAAAAUUGCUAAUAUUCAAGGACUGCUGCGCUUUAUUAUUAGAAGAAUGCCAAUGAUAACUAGAGACGCUUUAGACUAUGAUUACAGACGACUUCAUCCUUAUGCUUGUUCAAGCGAAGAAGAAUUCUUUCAGUAUAAUUAUGCUAAACGAAAUGCUUGCGAAUGGAAUCGAGCAAAAAUGAUAAGAAGUUUCAUUAAAAAAAGGUCGUCGUUUACGGAGGAGGAAUUAUGGAGUAUAAAAGAAAUAAUGAUUUGGUCACGGUUACAUGGUUACACACCUCUUCGUUCAGAUUUUCCAAUUAGAUCGCUCCAUCAACAAAAGAAUUUACCCGAUUCAACGAUUGUUAAAAGCAUGUUUACGUGUACCGAACCCGAUACGUUUUCUAAAUGGCUUCAAACCUAUCCAGCUCGACAUAAUGAUAAUUUAUUUCACUCUAAUUCCCAAGCGAAUGAGAUCGAUACCGAGGUGGAUGUUGUAAAUGUCGACGACUCGAUGAAAAAUAUAAAAAGAGAGAAGAAAGGAAGUAAUGAAGUUCCUGAUACGAAAAUCGCUGCGAUGAAUCUUGAUACUAAAUCGGUACCACUUUAUAAUUUCGUUCAUGAAACUGCUAGAGAAAUUGGUGUUGAAUUAGUAUCCGAAGAAAUUGUGCCAAAUGUUGUAUACUGUGCAUCUGGUCGAACGAUGAUGAGAGCUGUCGAAUGCCUCGUAGAAGACCUGGUUAGAAUGUCAUUGGCGAAAGCUUGGGAACGAUGUGGUGAUGAUGGAUAUCCGAAAGUAAUCGUUUUGGACGAUGUGCGUGGAGCUCUUUUAAAUCGUGAAGAGUUCGAUAUUUUCACGAACGAAGGAUUAGGUUCCAAGUAUCGAUUAUCAAUGAUGGAAUAAUUGAAAAGCAUAGAAAACGUAAGGAAAAUAAUGCUACCGUAUUUAACGUUCAAGCAAUAAAAAUCUACUAUGAGUAAUUUGCUUCAAGGCAGUGUGUCUCAUUCUUGUACAAAUUUAUAAAUUUCAAUAAAGUAUAUGAAAUUUUGUACGAA